AUGAACAAGUUUUUAGCAGUAACACGACUUAAAACAGAUAAUGAAUCAAUUGAAACAACUACAUCUGAAAAUCAAAGUCAAGUUGAAAGAAAAAUUGAAAAAUUAUUUGAAUCAUUUUGUUCUAAAGCACAAUGUGAUCCAGAAUCUCCAGUUUUAUACAAACAAAACCACAUCAACUAUAUAAAAAAUCAUAUGUUUACACUACCAGAGAACUAUGAAUGUCUCGACUCCAGCCGACCUUGGUUAUGUUACUGGUUGUGUCAAUCACUCGCACUUUUAAACUGUAAUUUGUCAAUUUUGGAGAAAUCUAAUGUUGUUUCUUUCUUAUCAAAGUGUCAACAUGAAUCUGGCGGCUUUUGUGGUGGACCAAAUCAAAUGCCACACUUAGCUCCUACAUAUGCUGCUGUCUGUGCAUUGUGUUUAAUAGGUACAGAAGAAGCAUACGCUGUGAUCAAUCGAGAAAAUUUAUAUAAGUUUUUGGUAUCUCUUCGUUUGCCUAAUGGUUCAUUCAGAAUGCACAAACAUGGCGAAUGUGAUGUUCGUGCUGUGUAUUGUUCAGCAACUGUAGCGCGUUUAACCAACAUAUAUACAGAUGUUUUGUUUGAAUCAAGUGCUCAAUGGGUAAUCAGAUGUCAGACAUACGAAGGAGGCUUUGGUGGGGUGCCUGGGGUGGAAGCUCAUGGGGGAUAUACAUUUUGUGGAUUUUCAGCUUUAUUAUUACUUAAAUCAAUUCAUAUGUGUGACACAAAAUCACUUCUUCGGUGGGUAGCAAAUAAACAGAUGUCAUUUGAAGGUGGCUUCCAAGGGCGAACUAAUAAGCUUGUGGAUGGAUGCUAUUCUUUUUGGCAAGCUGCUAUUUUUCCAGUAAUAUCAGAACUAUUAGAAUCUGAAAAUCAACGGCCAAUGUGGUCAAUGUAUGAUUAUCAUGCUCUCCAAGAAUAUGUGCUCAUAUGUUGUCAGAAUAGAUAUAGUGGGGGCCUUAUUGACAAGCCUGGAAAACCACCUGAUGUAUACCAUACUUGUUACGUUCUUAGUGGCCUAUCUAUAGCUCAACAUGCAGUUGACAACAGUAGUUGCGUUGUUGGUAAACCGGAAAACGUUUUGAACAAAAAUAAUCCUAUUUAUAACAUUGAAGAAACUAGUCUACAGAAAGCUCUUCAAUAUUUUAGUAUGACAGAACCAAUAAAUUAUUUUUAA